AUGCAGCAGAUAAGAGAUUUGGUUGGCGAUAUGUAUAUGGGAUCUGGUACGGGUUGUUGGGCUUGGAAGUAUGAAUCAAAUGGCUCAUUCAAUGUUGCAUCCAUAAAAAAACUCUUGGGGUCGGUUGACCGAGUCAUCCCCGAAAGAUCCUUUGAAUGGAAUAAUUGGGUCCCGAAGAAGGUAGCGAUCGUAGCUUGGAGAGCAGAAAUGGAGAGGCUACCGACUAAGUGUGCAUUGAUCCGUCGAAAUAUUACGAUACAUGAUAACUUGUGUGUCCUUUGUGGUGAUUUUGCGGAAACGAGUGAGCAUAUAUUUGUAACGUGCCAAUUUGCUCAAAUGGUUUGGCAGAAUAUUGCGGAUUGGUGCAACAUCCCGCCUAUUAUUGCUUUUGGCGUUAAUGAUUUGCUAGACCUGCAUGGUGCGGCUUCGAGGUCGAGGAAGAAAAGAAAAGCGCUACACGCCGUUAUUCUAGUGUCGAUUUGGAGCCUUUGGAAGCUGAGAAAUGAGGCAGUUUUCAGGCAGGUGAACCCGAGCACUACGAAGGUAUUGGAUGAAAUAAAAGCAGUCGCAUAUUUAUGGGUCAAAAAUCGAUCAAAGAUGGUGGCUUUAACAUGGGAGAAUUGGUGUCGGUUUGAAAUCGGUGGUUAA